UUGAUGACAUUCCAAUAGUUGACAGUAAAGUAAUGUACAUUUUCAAGUGACGAAACUAGAUGAAACACUUUCAUACCCGCUACAACUUAUCAUGAAGGUAUAUUUUUCCCGAACAAAAUUCAAGUCAUGUCGGACAACAGGGUGCAGAAACUCCUCUUUUCCGAAUACUGCGACUUCGAGGACAUGGUACUGAUAGAAAGCCCGUUCGCUCAAACAACAAAGGACGGGAUAGGCAUCCGUCAAGUACAUUUGGGCCUAACCCCGUCGAAGCUGGUCCUAGCUACGGACGUCUUGCCACCAGUCGAAUACGUCAAUUUCAGUUACUUCCCAGGCAUCGAUCCAGAGAUAGAGACCUUCGAGCUCAUCGCUAUAUAUCCAGUAGAAUGCGUGAAUCUUAGCGUCUACAGGACGAAGAGGACCCAAGCGCUCAAAGCGAGGUUCUGCAACAACAAAGUGCUGUACUUUGAGCUAGGCGGGUUCGAGAAACGUGCUAUGUUCUGGAAUCUAUGGUGCGAAAGAGUCAAGUUCCUUUGUCCCGGCGAAAGUGGGUCUUCUCGCUCUGAGACCUCUGUUGGUACUUCCAGCACAGGUAGCACAUUGUACUUGUUGGAUAAGAAGUUCGUAGCUGUGAAUGGUAUCAAGCAGCUCUGGUGUAAGUUUGGACCUAACUCGAUGUAUGACACCAACUCUCUCAAUGACACCGUCAACUCCCAGAUCAAGUUGAGGAAUAAGUGGACAGAUAGAAACCUAUAUCUUGGCAAGAAUUUCGAAAAUUCUGAGUAUCAGCCCGGUGUUGACUCUCUAGCCGGAAGAGAGUUUGGAAAAGCUCCUGUUAGUUCAAAGGCAAUGUCGAAAUCGAAAUAUCAAGAAAUUGUUACCUACGUGGAGGAAAAACAUCUUGGAUUUGGGGAUUUGGUUCAGGUCAAUCGUUUUGGUUCAGGCGUAAACGAAGGAUGUCAUGCCCCGCUCUACCUCACUGUAGAUGAAUAUCUAGUUCCACGACCUUAUAGCCGACAUCUAGAAGUAUCUCCAACUCCUAGUUCAACUUCUGUACUCAACUACGAACACUUAGCAGAAACCGCUGUAUUAUCUUGGGAGUUCUACAGAGUAGCUGAUCCAGAAAAAUACAAAUUGAAACAUAGAAGACGGUAUGGUUUAGCAACGCAACCGUCAUUUCUCUACGGCUUCGGCUCAUGGGACACCUCUAAAGCUGCCAAAUACUCUUUGCAGCUCAAGAGAGCUGUAUCCUGGGUUGAUUUGAGGACGCCAUGCAAAGAACCAGAAAUCAAGCUGCAUCUACUCAAAAAACAGUUGACCUCCUCUCCGUCUUUCCAAUUCCUAAACACCGACAAUAUUGGACUGCUCAGUCCACAAAAAGUACCCGUUACAUUCUUUUGGACCCCCGGAUACAGAUACAGGCCGUGUUCAGUUAGAGAAGCUUACGAGGAGAAACUACUGCAACUGAAGAAAAUAACGCAAUAUCACGAGGCCUGCACCAAACGCAAGAGGAAAAAAUGUAGCAGAAGGUUCCUGAAGAAAUUCUACCAUAGUCAAAACAAAGGACAUAAAUCGGAUACGGAUGACGACUCAAACGAUGAACCUUUUCGGAAGAAAAGUAGAAAGAAAAAAUACGGGUUUAUCUACAAUAUGUUCAACAGUAGGAUAGGAGAGGUAUCUGAUUUGCAGACCAAGAGGAAACCUCAAGAGACACCUUUUCAGUGCCUGAAAAGGAUAUUGAAGGUCGACAGGAGCCUCAAUGCCUGGGAUUUCGAUUCUACUACUCUAGCAGAACAACUGACUAUGAUAGACAAGGAUUUGUUCUUGAAAGUCGGGUCAGUGGAAUUGGAAGCUCUCUUAUGGUACAGAUCUGCGAAGCACGCUCCAAAUAUCGCAGCCAUUUUGACUUUCUCCCAAAGGAUUAGUAGCCUUCUGGCCACUGAGGUGCUGAAGAACGAUUCGGAAAAGAGUAGGGCCAGAUUGGUGGCGAGGUUUAUUAAUGUAGCGAAUAAGUGUCAUAGGAUGUCAAAUUUCCAUACGUGUAAGACUGUACUGAGCGGACUGCAGAGUCCUGCUGUAUAUAGGUUGAGGAGGACUUGGGCUUACGUCAGGAAAAAACAUUCUAGCAAGUAUCAAAAUUUCGAGUCUCUUUGUAGGUUUUAUCGUGAUCCUAGGUUAGCUACUUAUCAGAAAACUUUUUUCAUAGUUUCACAAAAUUAUCCUUUCUUGCCUUACAUAGGAGAUAUAUUUAGUAGACUGCUGGGUAAGAUUCCUGAAUAUCAGGCACCAACUUACAGGCUAUCUUUGGCUAGGAUACCUAGUACUGAAACGACUAAAUCUUAUUGGUCCAAAACUUCGGAGUUUGUUGAGGAUGUUAUCAAAUACCCGAGCUUCAUGAGUAAAUUACUCAAAGUAUUUUCGAUUUCUGACCCUUUGACGCCAACGAAAACAAGAAAAUCGAUCAAAAAGGCACCACAUAGGAAAGCUCUGAAGUUCAAAGGUCUUUAUGAAUAUUAUACACCGUUUGGUUAUUAUGAAGAUAAUAGGUUGAGAAAUUUAGCAGAAACCAAAUUGUUCUUAGAAAGGUGUCAACUAGGUGCUAUGAAUUAUAAUUUUGUAGUGAAUGAAUUAGCUAAAAGUUACUUGCUCAAGGCGAGGUAUCAAGAGGACAAAUCAAAUUUUUAUAGUUCUUUUAGUGUAGAAUCUCCGCGUAAUUGUUACGAACUAAACAAAAAUAUAUAAAAUACAAAAAUGUA